ACAAACUCUGCCGUAAAUUGUGUGAAACUGACGUAUAAGCUUCUUUGCCACACACAAUCCAGUACAUUCAACUAUACAUUUUAAACGGAUUAAUACCGAACAUUAAAAAUGGCAGACGACGAGAAGUUACCAUCCGGAUGGGAGAAAAGAAUGAGCCGCAAUUCAGGCAGAGUUUAUUAUUUUAAUCAUAUUACCAAUGCAAGCCAAUGGGAGCGCCCAGCAGGCGGAGAUGGUAAUGGCGAGGCAGAUAAGGUACGUUGCUCUCACCUGCUGGUUAAGCACAGCCAAUCACGUCGUCCAUCCUCCUGGCGAGAUGACAACAUCACGCGCUCUAAAGACCAAGCAUUGGAUCUCAUUCAGAAAUACAUAGAGCAGAUCAAGUCUGGCGAUGAGGAGUUUGAGGCCCUCGCCUCCCAGUUCAGUGACUGCAGCUCCGCCAAGAACAGUGGAGACUUGGGACUCUUUGGAAGAGGACAAAUGCAGAAGCCUUUCGAGGACGCUUCCUUUGCUCUCAAAGUGGGAGACAUGAGUGGGCCUGUUUUCACCGACUCUGGCGUGCACAUCAUCCUUCGCACCGGCUGAAAAAAGCCACACCCCCUCCUUCACUAACGCACGCAUACAAUAACACAAACAGAUGUACACAAUCCUGCCCAGUUGGCCCCCAUAUUUCCCAUAAUCCUGUAUGCCAUGUCUUAAAGAUACAACCUAAAUGAUGAGAAAAGCUUGUACUCUGCGUUACAUUAUUUUUAAAGUUGGACCACUGUAAUGUCGUGUGACAAGCUUUGAUUGUCAAUGAACACGAAGGCAGAAUUACAGAUAUUGUCUUAGGCUUAAUUUUUCCCUGCCCAAAAUAAAAAUGCCUGCGACCACAUGGAAGGGACCACUCCCCUAAACAAACGUGUCAACUGCAGGAUCACAUGAUAUUUAGAGUGAAAGAUGAGGAGAUAGUUGCAUGUGCGUUCAUUAAGUCUGUUCAUUUAUUCUGUUUCAUGCACUUCCAAGUUCUCUAAAACCCUUUCCCAGCAUGAAUCCAUGCGCCAAAAUGGUUAUUAUAUAUGUCUGCUUGUGGGGAGGAAAAUUUGACUCGCUGAAAAGCUCCUGAAAAAUAAAUGAAGCACAGAAUGAAUGUCACCCCUGCUAUACGCUGUUGUGAUUAUUUUGACCUGAUGGUCACAAAGACAACAAGCCGAGGGUUCAAAUUUAACACCAAUCUAAACUAGAAGAAUUAUGUAGUGGUUUGCUUCAAUGCUGUACUGCCACAGUGUUGGAAGUCAUUGUGCCCAAGGAAACUACUGACAUUUAUUUUGGCAUAAUCUGACAUGUACUGUCCAAGUAAGUAAUGUUUGUUUAGAUUUCUGUCAUUAAAAGGGUUUUGUUUUGUAA